AUGUCGUUCUUGCCUGUCAAUAACAUCUCUUCGCCACCGGACCGCGCCAUGGAGGAUGUAUCUGCAACGUCUGCCACACCUCGCCCCCUCUCCAACAGCAUACCGACGACCCAGGACGCUGGUACGUCAAACAACAGUACUACUGAGACCCAAAUGCCCGACGAGUCCCGCGGGAGUACAAGUACACACUCGAUCUCGGACGAGACUAUACAAGCAGAGUCAGAGGGGGAGGGUUCGGACCAUGGCUCAGAGCGCAAGGAACAUGCACCACCGACCAAGAAGAAAAAAGGACAACGGUUUUACUGCACCGACUUUCCCCCCUGCAAUCUAAGCUUCACUCGAAGUGAGCACCUGGCUCGUCAUAUUCGGAAACAUACUGGAGAGCGUCCAUUUCAGUGCCACUGUUCACGAAGGUUUUCUAGACUCGACAAUUUGCGCCAACACGCCCAGACAGUGCAUGUGAACGAGGAAAUACCAGACAGCUCUUUGGCCGCCACCGGCACUCGCUUUCAACGUCAGGUCAGAACAGAUCGGGUGCGCCCCCAGGGUCGCGCGAGGGCAGGCACGGGAGGUAGUCAGGCAACCCAUACUAGGGGCCACAGUAGGAACCUCUCGACAUCAAGCAUCGCUUCCACAACCUCGACAUUUAGCCAACCCCCAGAGUUGCGCCGGCGCCCGCCACCGUUGAUCAUGGCGAACGAUGCGACCACAAGGUCUAGGUUGGGACUUGACCCCAUGAUUGACGCACCUACCACACCACCUGCUCAGGUUCGCGGAUUUCACGCGCCGCCGAGCGGCUCCCCUUACACGCCAUCCCAGAUAUAUCCCAGUAACGGUUCGCCUAUGCCCGGAGCCGCCCAGGUUACAGGCUUCUGGGAUGGCAAAACCGCAGCUCGGCGCUUAUCUGUACCGUCAGGAGCUAACCCAUUUGCGCCGGUACAAUAUACGCAUCCUUACCCUGCUGCGAAUUAUGCAGCACCGGGAGAAGUCUACGCCAGUCCUGUCAGCGGGAAAUAUCCCGUCGAGAGAGAUUAUCAACCGACAGAAGCCGAGUUGCGGCGAAGGACAUGGCAUUAUUCGACAUGGCCGGCCCCUUCCCGUACAGAUUAUAGUGGGAUCCCUAGCUCUCAGGCAUCAGAAUCGCUCCCACCAGCUAUUGGAGGCAAUGAAUCUGCAGACCGGCCGCCGCGUCUACCAGGGAUUGAAAGUUUUGACAAAUUCGCCGCAAAACGAUCUUUGACACCACCUGUACGCAGGCCGAGUCCGAUGCAGGUUGACAGUAAACCACCCCCGAGCUACAACUUCAGCGGCGGGUUCAACUACGCACCGCCACCGGGUCGACCUGCUCCGCCCAUUUCUGGUCCUGGUCAUAGACGCGGUCAUGUUUCGUGGGAUAUGUCGCUGCAUACGAACCUGACCGGUCUCCACAUAAGGGACAAGCCGACACCACAGCGCGACGCCUCAAACUGGGGCCAGCAGACCAUCUCGGAACUUCGUAGCAUAGGUUCCCGUCCGUCAUCGUCAUACCAGCAACAGGUCCAGGAGUUCCGUGGUCAACAUACUCAUGGUCCGCCUUCGUUUAGCACGACGGCAUCGAGCUCCCACGCUGCGCGAACGAGUCCGGAAGAUUCGAGCAGCAGCGAGGGAGUCCACACUCCAUCCACAGCAUCUCUGGAAUAUCAUCCAGCCAUCGUGCAGAACAACGGCUUUGUCGAGCCUCACCAUCCUCCCCUAUCUUCUGAUCCAUCUCAAACAGUACGCCCGCCCCUUUAUACUGAGGGCCAGCGAUAG